UGAAGUCAUUUGAAGAGGCAUCGCUCCUUAAGAACACCCCUGCUCGCUCACACACACACACACACACACUCUCUCUCUCUCUCUCUCUCUCUCUCUCUCUCUCUCUCUCUCUCUACCUCUACCUCUUCGCUUCAGACACUCAUUGGAGCUUGAGCAUGGACGAAACGUGGAACAAGAUGUCGAAGAAGGAAGCAGGCGCUUCAUCGUCUUCAUCUUCGAAGCCUCGUCUUCUGAGAAGUUUCUCUCAGAAGAUCACCUCCUCCUCUAAAUCUUCGCUCCCACGAAGCCUCUCCCUCAAGAACACUGCAUCCUCCUCCAACAAUAACAACAGCAGCAGCAGCUCGUCUCUCACGAGAAGCUCCUCCUCCAAGAGCGCGAGCGCGAGCGCUCUAGGGAGGAACCCGUCGCAGAAGGGAGGGUCGAACCUGACCCGCAAGUACAGCAACCUCGCCAAGGAGCAGAAGGCCCGGUUCUACAUCAUGCGCCGGUGCGUCGCCAUGCUCGUCUGCUGGCACAAGCACGGCGACUGAUCUAUCCGAAGAGCACCCGGCAUUCGGUCUAGUUUAGGAUCCGGCAAUGGAGAAGGCUAAAUUCGAUUGGUCCGCUGCGAUCUCGUCACGUAAGUACGUAGAGAGAUCAAGAGAAUGCGAAUUACGAUACGUAUAGGUAGGUAAAUGUAAUGUCGUCCUCUUUGGGUUACGCAUCUGGGGUCAGGGUUUGGAGGAUAUUGACGAAAUCAGCAAUCUCUCU